GCUAAUUUAGCCUUGUGUGCAUGUCUGAUGAAGAUGAUUGGGGAUGAAGAUGAUGCUCCUAUUUGGGUUGGGUUGGGUUGUCAGUCUCCUGAUAGAAGACAGGAGAGGAGGAGUUGAGUCAUACAUAUCUAAAGUUGACUGACCAGCAACCGAGCAAAGAACAGAAAAAACCAUCAACAAACCAAACAACAACCCAUCAACCAACAAACCAACCAACAACCGACGAUGAACCGCAUCCACAUCUGCUUCUUCUUCUUCUUGAUCCUCCUUGUACUAACGACUGGAAACAGCUACUCGAGCGAGACUGAGAUCAAGGACCAAGCUGGCGGAAGACGACUGACAACCACAACAGCAACAACGAGGAUGGAGGAGCAGACUCAAGAGCCAUCGCUCGACCAACAGCAGCAGAAAACGCUCCAGGAGCAAGAGCAACUCGAGCCCGCAGACGAGCUGAAUCACUCUUCCUCCUCCUCCUCGUCGAGUCAGAACGAACGAGGCCGACUUGAUGGACACUCCUCCAGCUCCAAGCAGACCCUCAUCAACUUCUCCUCCGCCUCUGCCGACCCACUCGGCCAUCUCCAAUCGUCCUCUCGUCCUCUACCAUCCGCUAAACCCAAGAAAAAAACCCUCUUCUUCGCCGCCUCUCUCCAGAAAUUCUUCCGCUCCCUCUUCGUCCUCUUCACGACCAGAAACCCCAUCUGGAACCUCUCUUUCAUCCUCGUCAAGUCCAUCUUCUCGUACUCCUUUCGCAUCUUUUAUGCCUCUGUUGCCGCUUUAUUCGGCUUUCUGACACAUCUUAUGGUUUGGUUUUGGGACGAAAUCUUGUUUCCGAUGACGUAUCCGAUCAGAUUAGUUUUCUGGAUGCUGAUCACACAACCGCUCAACCUCAGCAAGACGAUCCUGAAGAAACUGAAGCCGGUGAUUCUCUUCCUGCUCUCGGCGAUUGGGCUGGGGGUGAUGAUCGGGAUGGUGGGCAGCUCGACGCAUCUGCGGAUCGGCAAUUGGUUGUUCCCCUUGCACCAUUCACACACCGCAGACAAGAAGCACAAUCCCAAGGAGAAUAAGAAGACGCGGAAAUCGGGGAUGCUAAGGUCGUCGGAUAGGGGUCUGGCGAAGCGGCCGGAAACCGAUGACUUGGCUAGCCACACUCCUUCCCCCCACCCCCACCGACGUCCCGAAGAAAUCCCCCAACAAGAAAAAAGAGACAAAAAAAACCAAGCAGGAUCUAACAAAUCCAGGCCGCCGCCCGAGGCGGAUGAUCUAACAAUGCCAGAAGAAGAAGAAGAAGGAGAUUGGAUGAGUUCCAAGAGAGAAACCGAGCUCUCGAGUGCGCUGGAGCCGAACCAGACUCGGUACACCUCUGCGGUCCACCAGAAGCUCUUUUCGCAGCCCUCCUCAUCCGCCCGCCAUCGUCAUCUACCCCACCAUCCUUCGUCUUCUGACGGCGAAGACGACGACGACCCGGCCGUCUCUUCUUCUCUUUCUCCUGCUUCCUCCGCCGCUCUCACUUCUCCUCCUAAACGUCCGCACCAUUCUUGGUCUUCUACUGCUCCUGCCGACUCCAUUUCCAUCCUCAAAUCCUCCCCUCCUCCUCAGAACUCCUCCUCUUCCACCUCUAUUACCCCCUCUCGUAAAAAGAAAGUGACGUUUAAAACUGAUUGAUCGGAUAUCACAUUGCCUAUCUUACUUAUCUGAUCUCUCUCUCUGUUUGGUUUGGCAUACAACUCGAUACAUAUUUCUCUUACAAACUACCCUCGACUUAUUCCCAUAUUUCAUAUACCCUCUCAUAUUUAUAUAUAUAAACAAGCAGAUUUAGAUACCCUAGCCUGUCGGUCCCCUCAUCACUUGCUCCAUUUAAUGCCCCCCUUUUGUUGUUGUUGUUUUAGUAUUCAUUUUCUUUAGUGUGUUUUACAAGAGGAGAGAGCAGGGGGGGAAG